UUUAAGCUUAAAAGCAUUUGGGAGUUUUUCUCUCUAAUUGGGUAUGACCAGAAACUCCCCCAAACUGCAAAGUUUAAACAGCCCUGGGGAACCUGCCUGUGCUGAGUGCAGACUGAGUUAAGGCCAGAAGUAUUUUUUUCAGGGACCUAGGAGGGCAGCAGCAUGUCGGGGAAGCCCAGGCUUACCUACUUGAAUGGAAGGGGGCGAAUGGAGCCCAUACGAUGGCUGUUGGCGGCAGCUGGCGUGGAGUUUGAAGAGGUUUUUUUGCAAACAAAAGAACAAUAUGACAAGUUAAUCAAAGAUGGAGUCCUGCUGUUCCAGCAAGUGCCCCUGGUUGAGAUCGAUGGAAUGAAGAUGGUGCAGACCAGAGCCAUCCUCAGCUACAUAGCAGGGAAAUACAAUCUCUAUGGGAAAGACUUGAAGGAGAGAGCCCUGAUUGACAUGUAUGUGGAAGGAAUAUCAGAUCUGAUGCAAAUGAUUUUGAUGUUUCCUUUCUCUCCACCUGAUGCAAAGGAGAAAAAUCUUGACUCAAUUAAGGAGAAGGCAACUAACAGAUACUUUCCAGUCUUUGAAAAGGUUUUGAAACAACAUGGCCAAGACUUUCUCGUGGGCAACAAAUUCAGCUGGGCAGAUGUUCAGCUAAUUGAAGCAAUUUUAGCAGUGGAGGAGAAAAUUCCUGCUGUGCUGUCUGAGUUUCCUCAGUUGCAGGCAUUUAAAACCAAAAUGAGCAAUAUGCCUACAAUUAAGAAGUUCCUGCAGCCUGGUAGCCCAAGGAAACCCCCACCAGAUGAUCAUUACGUAGAAACUGUGUUGAAAGUUUUUAAGAGAUGAAAGCCUUGUCACCUUUGGUGAGACCCAGAAUACUGGAAGAAAAAGAAAGGCAAAACAUCAACCCCAUCUCAGUAAAUUAGUAUUGUGGUAGUGAAAAACAGUGCUAAAAAAGCAAAACAACCCCAACCAGAAAUAAAGCAUUCUAUUACUCUGGCAAUGUAA